GGGCUGUGAUAAUGCAUUUAACUUCGUGAUACACCAAUUUUAAAAAGAAGCGAUUAGGUAACUUUCGCGAUUUCAAAUUAGAAAAUUGCAUCGAAAAAUGUAUUUUUUAUCCCGACCCGGUUAUGCGAGAUUGAACUACAAGAUUGGUCUGUAUGUCUCCUUAAUUUUUUUCUUCACGAGUACUGUGAUACUUUUUCUGUACUUGAAUCGUAUUCAACCACAUUAUUUCAUCGACGAGGCUUUUCACAUACCUCAAACGCUGCGAUAUUGCGCGGGAAAUUUUACCCAGUGGGAUCCAAAAAUUACCACGUUACCAGGCUUGUAUCUUAUUGCUUCCGCGAUAUUGUCGCCCUUCGAUCUCUGCAGUAUCGUGUAUAUAAGAUGUAUAAAUUUAUUAGGAACGAGCGCAAAUCUUUAUCUCGUUUACAAUGUCACAAAGGAAAAUUGCAAAUCCGAUAAAACCAAUCGGUGGAACGAUUGGUUGAUACUCACUUUGGCCUAUACCGUUACGCUUUUCCCGCCGUUGUAUUUCUGGUGCUUUUUUUAUUACACAGACGUUGUGUCUGUGAAUUUAGUGCUUCUAAUGUUAUUUCUGCACCAACGCAAGUACGUGAAGACGACAGCGUUUGCAGGUCUAAUAGCUGUUGUUGUUCGUCAAACAAACAUUAUCUGGGUCGGUUUCUUCGCUAUUGAGCAUACGUUGAAUAUAUUAGAUCAGAGAAUGGAACAACCUGUUCCGCCACGAGCGAUCAGUGCUCCAUCGCACAUUCGCUUAAUUUGGAAGCGGAUAAUAAUGUACGAAUUGCGCAAAGGUCCGUUGGCUUUUGUCAAGUUCAUUACGCAAGUCUGUAGCAGUCUCCUUCCUUAUAUAACAGUAUGUUUGAUGUUUAUUGCCUUUGUUGUGUGGAACAAGGGCAUAGUAAUCGGCGACCGCACCGCUCACGUCGCAACAGUUCACAUCUGUCAGAUAUUCUACUUCUCCGUCUUCGUUUCUCUGUUCUCGUGGCCGUACGUGGUGCCGCAUUGGCGAACAUUUUUAAAAUUUCUUCGUCGGCAAUGGAUAUUCGCCGGUUGCGUAAUCGCGGUAAUGAUAGCGGUGAUACGCUCUAAUACGCUCGUUCACCCGUACGUUUUGGCCGAUAAUCGGCACUACGUUUUUUACAUUUGGAAUCGAUUUAUGCUUCGAUAUGCGGCGUUCAAAUAUCUUUUGAUACCAAUUUACUGCGCGAGUCUGUUUGCCAUGUGGAAAAACGUCAGUCACCUGAGGUUUCUCACACAAAUCAAUUACGUUGUUUGCGUGUGCACUGUUCUGAUACCUCAAUUACUGCUAGAACCGCGAUACUUUAUUCUGCCGUACAUUUUUUAUCGUUUAAACAUGAAAAAACCGGAAAAGUGGCAGAUGUGCUUGGAAUCGCUCACGAUUUUUGCAAUCAAUUUUUUGCAAUUUUUUAUUUUUGCUAAUAAAGUGUUUUACUGGAACGAUCAGCCUUUUGCGCAACGAAUUUCAUGGUGACAUUUGCGAUAUACAAAUUAUGUACAUAAUAAGCAGAUAAACAGAUAUUUACAGACAAUAGUAAAAAAAAAUACAACAGUAAGAAAAAACAUUUACUUCACAGAAUAUUGAAAUUGUCUUCUUAUAUUCGUGUGUUCUUCUCGUGUAUUUAAAAAUUUAUUUCUUCGAGAUAGAAAAAACUAAAAUUAAUUUUGUGUGCACAAAAAGGGACAUAAAAAAACAACUGAACAGAAUCGUUCGACGAUUGUUUUUGACGAACAACAGUUUAUUGUUCAUAUAGCUGAUACUUAAUGGCAAAAUUGCUAAAUAGUUUUGUACAGUAACAGCUUGUCAUAAUAUUUCGCGCGAAUGGCAUCGGCGUACGAUAUGUUACAACAUUUGAUCGAUGGCUUAAAAUUUGUUUUACAUCCUCUAUUUUUUUUAUAUUCCUUCGUACGAAUAUCACUAUUUUGCCGUAUUAUCGUUUGUUCAUUAAAUAUAAAUAUUGCAUACGACGGUACAAUAAAAGAUACCGAGAUGCAUUUUGCAAAUAUGUUCUUAUUUUAUAUAAUAAAUAUUUUUUUUUAUUUAUAUAAUAAAGAAUUAUGUGAACAUUCUUAUGUACGUGUGUAUGUGUAUGUGUGUGUGGAAACACAAUCAGGCCUGAUAAAAACUAUUCUUGAAAGUAUUGAAAAACAAAAUUUUGGAAGUUUUUUUUAUUUCGAAUCACUUUUUGAAUAGACAAAGUUGCGAAAGUCACAUAUUGUAUUUAUUAAUCUUCAAUAAUGUGAAACUUAACAAAGAAAAGUAUACGCGUACAUUGUUAAUUAUUGUUCUUCUUAAAAAAAGAAGAACUUUUCAAUCUUUCGGAUUUACGUGUAUUUGCGAGAGAGAAACAUGAACAUGCAUAACUGAAAUUAUUUUUGUUUUUAGAAAUAAAGAUGUUUUUUCUUAUAUAUAUACAAAUGCUUUACGCAUGUACAUAUUGUUCCGUUCUCAGUUUCUAAAUCGGUCGGGAACUUUGAGCACUACUCUCGACGAAAUGUUUCCGCCUCUGUUUUUGUUUUUUUUUGUUUUUUUGUUUUUUUCACGUAAAUAUCGAUGAGUUGAAACAAUACAAAUCUUAUAUCACAAACAGUCUCGAAUCAACACGCUAAGUACCUAAUAAUUUACUCUCUAUUUAGUUGAAAUUAAAACUAAGGCGCGAUUCACUCUCUUAUAUAUUUCCAGUCUUUCGAUAAAAAACGAGAAUAAUAAAUUUCUCUCUCUUUUUCUCUCUACAAUAUCUAACCGCGCGCGAGAGCCGCGCGUAUUGCUUGUCGUGAGUUUUAUUGCGAACCGUAUUCGUAUAAAUCAAUUCAUUUGGAACGUAAAUAGCUUCUAUUCUUCUGUACAUUCCAAUACCUUCUCCGCACCUUAUUCCGGUAGGAAUAUGUGUGAUUGAGAGAAAUAUAAAGUUUUAUUUUAUUUUUUUUUUUCUUUGCCGUUUUGGCUUUUUGCGCACGCGCGACAUUUGAUCGGCUCCUAAAUAUAAUGCAAUUAAACGUACAGCUAUUAUAUUACAUAUAGUAUAUUAUGCUAUAUAUAAUUCUUUUGAGUUUUUUGGUGUCACAACGACACGAUAUAGUUCACGCUUUUAGCGAUAAAUUAUUGUUACCCACACACCGUAAUUUAUUUCUAUACGUUAUGAAGCGUCACACACUAGGAUAAGAUUAAAAAGUGAAUCACUUUCGGAAAAUCGAAAUGUUGCGAGAAAAUUAUACUCUUCUAUUUAAUCCAUUAGCAUGUUUUUUUUUUUUUUUUAUCCACCGAAGUGACCUUUCGAUUUUGCACGAUCGAGUUGUGAGAAGAAAUUUGUCGAAACAAAAAUUUCAUAUUUUCCUGUAUUUCUACACACAAAAAAAAUGUAUCAAUGUUCGAACUAAUCGAGCUGUUUAAUGAUAAUAUGAUACGAUCAACAAUUAAUCUUUUUUUUUUUAUUGCUUACGCACGUAACUAAUUUCUUUACGUGUAGAGUUAUCUAAUUCAGAAGAUAGAUUACGUUAUUCCCCGUUUAAAUCAAUUAGAAUCUAAACAUAUUUGUAUAAAUAUAUCAGAUAUAUUGUAUAAAUAUAUUGUAUCUAAUAUACUUGUACAAAUAUGUGUAAGUCACAGAAAGACAAUCGGAUAAAGGUUAAUGCGGUAGAUAUAUAUUUGAUCCAAUCUUGGUCGCCAAAUUUUUAGUAGAGAUAUGUUGUUUGAGUAACAGAAACGUCAGAGAGUAGGAUUUUAUACCGGCAUUUUCUACCGUGCCAUUUUUCACGACUCAAAACCUCGACCGUUCUGCGACAACGGUAUUCGGAAGAUUUCGGUUAUUUUCCGGGCUCAGCUCUUUGUGCACAUUCUUUCUUACUUUCUAGGAGUUGUUUUUUUGUUUUAUAUAUUCUACGUAAAAGAUACUUCGGAUUUUAUAAAACUCGCGCGAACUAUAUUGUGCAAACUAAAAAAAAAAAAAAAAA